AUGAAGAAGAAGAUGGUAAAGUUGGAAUACGUGCUCCUGUUGAUUUUCGGCGCCAUCAUGGCCAUAAUAUUACUGGCCGGAUCAAUCACCAUAGGGAAGCUCGUGUUUUCCCGCCACCACCUGCCGACCCCGAGUAAUUACACAGUGGAACUACACAAGGUGCUCAUGUUCUUCGACGCCCAACGCUGGGGAUAUUAUUAUGUCGGGGAUGCAAUCAAGUUCAAUUUCCCGACGUCUUUUGCUAUGACUACGUUUAGUUGGAGCGUGAUAGAAUACAGUGCCAAGUAUGAAGCUGAUGGAAAACUAGCACAGGUUAAAGAUAUUAUUAAAUGGGGCACUGAUUAUUUCCUCAAGACUUUUGAUUUUACCCCCCAUUCUAUAGAUCGUAUUGUGCAGCAGGUUGGAGAUGGGUAUACUAGUGGAGGUCCAUCCCCAAAUGAUCGAUACUGUUGGACACGUCCGAGGACAUCGAUUUUGAUCGUCCUGUUACCAAGUGGCAGCAAUUAA